AUGAAGAGGUUGAAGGAGGCGUUGAGGAUUUGGAAUAGAACCGUUUUUGGUGAUGUGCAAUUUCGUUUAAGGCAAGCUGAAUUAAAGCUUGAAAUUGAGAAUGAUCUCCUUGAUUAUGAUCCGUCGGAUGAGUUUCAAUUUUUGAAGGUGGCUGAUGCUAAGAAGGUUGUUGAUGAUGUGAGAACGAUAUUAGCAGUUAUGCUUAAGAUGAAGUCGAGAGAUGAGAUAAGGGAUUACAUUGUCAAUCAUUAUCAAGGAAAAUUCAAUGGUGGUGAUGUUAAUAUUGACCCGAGGAUGUUUGAUAUUCAACAUGAGCGCAUUUCAGAUGCUGAAAGUGCUUUUAAGGAUGUUAUGCCUUCUUUGGAGGAGAUUAAAGAAGCUGUCUUUGACUUGGGAGCUGAUUCGGCGCCUGGCCCAGAUGGCUUUUCAGUUCUCAUUCCUAAGAAAAACAAAUCUGAUGCCAUCAAGGAUUAUAUGCCAAUUGGAUUGAGUAAUUUUUUCUUCAAAAUCAUUACAAAGAUUAUGGCUACCAGUCUUGGUAUUGUGCUUAACAAGUUGAUUUAUGAGGAGCAAGUUGCGUUUAUGAAGGGAAGAAAUAUUUAUGGGAAUAUAGCUUUGGCGUCUGAGUUGAUCAAUGAGAUAAACACAGAAAGGAAGCAUGGAAAUGUUGGCCUCAAACUGGAUAUUGCCCAUGAUACGCCCUGA